AUGAAUGAUUUCGAAACGGAAAAGGAAUUGGACGAAAAAACGGUGGUUCGGCAAUUUACGCAUCAGCACUUCAAGUACCACGACUUCAACAAGCAGUGCCCCAGUGAUGAGUCGGGUUUCCACCUUGAUGCAACAGUACCAGUUCCUCCAGCAGCUCAACCAGCAGUUCCACCACCACGUUGCUCGGUGAAGAUGCUGAAACCCACCAAACUGGAUGACUUCAUGCUGAAGGUUACCGAGCUGGAUCUCUGGAACACGAUCAUUGAAGCUUGGAUCAAGCAGCACUGUCUGACGAAGGUGGACUCCGCCGAUGUCACCUGCGGUGCUGAGACGAGUUCGGCCUUCUGCGUGGCCAGCGCGGCACAGAGCGGCAGCACAUCCUGUGAUCGCUGUGCCACAGUGAUCAUGGAGGACUGGAACCAGGAGAUUUAUUUGUCCGGAGAGAUUCGUUGGGCUCCCUUUGGCAGCACUGAAGCAGAGGAACUGCUGCUGGAAGGCUACAAGGUCUCAGCAAUUGAUGAGUGUGGAUCCGAGCUUGUGGUAUUGGGUGAAGUGUCUGUGAAGAGUGGCAUCCGCUAUGGUGCUGUGGAAUGUUGUGCCGGUGACUGGUACCUUUUCAUUCUGGCCCGUGAGUAUGUACCUCGAGCUGUAACGGCUUUGGCGAUUUCAUCAUUGCAGGACAACCUGGCUACGACAAUUCCAAUCUUUGAACGUACCACAACUACAUCUACUACCUUGACAAUCAGCAUCACAGUCACAUCAUCAACCACAAGAACCAGUUCCAGCUUUACAGAGAGCUCCAUGACAACCACAUCGACCUGGACUAGUCUGACCACGACGACGGUGACAGUCACUGAAGAGGCUCCGGCCACUGUGGAAGGUUGCAUGACUUUGUCCGUGUCCGAUGCUGGAGUCUUUGCAGAAUCAUCCGAUGCGAAGGAAGCUAUCCGAAAGAUGGUUUCUCGAGUUGCAGCGGUAGAAGCGCAAUACGUGCAGGACAUUCGUACCUACGCCGGUGAGAGCUGCCCGGGUGCUCGUCGUUUAGAGCAGCGACGCUUGCAAGAAGCCAUGAGAUUUGACUACGUCAUUGCAUUCCCAGCAAGUCUGGGUGCGGAAGUGGCUGUGCAGGCCCGACAGGGUAACCCAUGCGGAGGGUCUUGGACUGGGUCGGAAUGA